AUGAAUAGUGACAAAAUGCAGGAUGCCCCUCCCAAACGUCGAGAGGUAAUCUUGGAGCACGAAGAGACCGUUGGCGAGGUUCACUUGGUGAACCCGCUUCAGAGCCAGGCAAUCGACCAGGUCGUGACCAAUGCCACUACGUUCGCCGCUCAGCAUGGUUUGGAAGAGUAUACACAGGCACUGCAGAAAGGAGCCCUGCUUGCUCAACAUCAUGGCGCCUUCAACAACCUCGAAGCUCUAACCGAGGAAGAGCGGAAUAUCUUGCAGCGAGAAGCAGAGCAAAAAUGGCAUCACCCCUCCGCGCUCUAUCGGUUGAUCAUACUCUGCAGCAUUGCAGCUGCUGUGAAUGGCAUGGAUUUGGUUUCUAUUAACGGUGCAAAUAUCUUUUUCCCCAAGCAAUUUGGCAUUGACGGGCCUGGGCGACAAACCUGGAUCCUGGGCCUUGUCAAUAGCGCUCCAUACUUCUGCUGCACCGUGUUCAGUGUGUGGCUCACCGCUCCGCUCAAUCGCCGAUGGGGAAGACGAGGUGUCAUGUUUGUGACUGCCUUCUUCUGCUUCGCUGCCUGCAUCUGGUCCGCGUGCACAAAUACAUGGUGGCAUCUCAUGAUAGCACGGAUCUUUCUUGGAAUUGGCCUGGGCCCGAAAAGCGCAACAUUGAGCGUCUAUGCGGCCGAGUGUGCUCCUGCCAGGAUCAGAGGUGCUCUGACAAUGUGCUGGCAGAUCUGGGUAGCCUUUGGAAUUAUGCUCGGAACGGCCUGCAACAUCGCAUUCUACCAUGUCCCUGACCGCAGUGGCAUUGUUGGACUGAACUGGCGUCUUAUGCUCGGCAUUGCCGGACUCCCAGCGCUUGUCGUGAUGGCAGUUGUUUACACCAACCCUGAAUCGCCAAGGUGGCUCAUGCUCAAAGGCCGCUAUCGGGAGGCCUUCACGAGCCUCCAGGCGCUUCGCGGCUCGGAUAUUCAAGCCGCUCGUGACCUUUACUACAUUCACGUUCUCCUCGAAGAAGAAUCCAAAUAUCAAGCCCACCAAAAGACCGUCCCCAUUAUACAGCUGUUUACAAUUCGCAGGAAUCGCAACGCUGUCAUCGGUUCCAGCCUGGUAAUGUUUGCGCAGCAGUACUGCGGCAUUAACGUUAUGUCCUACUACUCUACGAAUAUCUUCUCGCAGGCUGGCGCCAGUCCAUCACACGCUCUUCUUGCAUCAUGGGGGUUUGGAAUGCUGAACUUCAUCUUUGCAUUCCCCGCAGUGAGGACCAUUGACACCUUUGGACGCCGGAAACUCCUGCUCUGCACCUUUCCGCUGAUGACGAUCUUCCUAUUGAUGGCUGCUGGGGGAUUCUAUGCUACCGAUUCAACGACGAAGAUGGCCGUUGUCGCCGUGGGAGUCUACCUCUACGUAAUCGCCUACAGUCCGGGAGAGGGACCUGUACCGUUCGUCUAUUCAGCCGAGGCCUUUCCACUGGCUGUCCGAGACGUUGGAAUGAGCUUUGCAGUCUUCGUCUGUUGGGGCUUCAACUCGAUUGUUGGAUUGACCUUUCCAUCCAUCUUGGACAAGUUCACCCCACCUGGAGCAUUUUUCUGGUAUGCAGGCUGGAACGCGCUUCUGACCGUGGCGAUUUAUCUCUUUCUUCCCGAGACGAAGGCUUUGUCCUUGGAAGAGUUAGACGUGGUUUUCGACAUGCCAAUGGCUACUCACGCAGCCUUCCAUAUCCGCGCCAUACCUAGCAAUUUCAGGAGAUAUAUCCUCCGACAAGACGUCCCGAAGAAGACGCUGUACUCAUUCGAGGAAGAAAAGUAG